AUGAAGAAGGAAAAGGAUGUGGGGCUCGUGCCCUUUCGCAGCCACGAGCCGCUUCGGCAGUUCUCGAAGACUACGUGCAGAAUGAACGAGCAAAGCAAGGUCGCCAGGUCGUCGCCUUGUCUCACGGACAGGUCUCGCACUCCGAAAUCCAAGGGUGCUUCGGUGAUCCCGAGCGAUGACAGCAGUGCGGGAACCGAGUCCAAAAAGCCCCGCAGCUCCCGCAAGAAGGCGUCGCAGCAGAGGCUGGCCAAAAAAAGCCUAGCCGAAGACUCUGGUUCAGGAGCAAAUAUGGCAGCCGACAACCUCGGGUAUGGCCGGAUCCACCCACGCCCUUUGGGUAUCAAAGUGACCGCCCAAGGCAGUGCGUUAACAGACCACAGUGAAACCGGCGUUCCCAUUAGACCAGUCAAAACUGCCCAGUCGAUGACCAAGCCGCACUCGCAGACCUCUCGUGAAACCAGUGGACGAGCUCCGCUCGGAAGGAGGAGCCUGACCUGGACGAAUACGAGUGCCAUGCAGCGAAGUGGUUUCGCAACUAGGACAUCCGGCGAAUUCUCCUCGCAACUGUCUCAACCACAAGCUGCCGGGACCCCGAUGAAGGAUUCAUCGCUGCUGCGGAGCCGACGCGGCGCUCGGUGCCGGAGCAAAGCCACGUGCAAGUGGGUCGCAGCCGAAGCUGCGGCCAUCAUGACCAUCACGUGCGCACUUCUCCUGUACCUACUGCCGCUCUCUGCGGUCACCGGGGCGCUGAGAGACAGCUGGCCAUGCAACACGCAGAGUUGCCGCGACCAAGCCGAAGCCAUCCCUGCCUGGGUGAACGAUAGCAUCGCUCCGUGCGACGACUUCGAGGCGUAUGCCUGCUCGCGUUGGACGCCAAGCAUUGAUCAUGCGCGGGGUGGCACGGCCAUGAUGGGCCAUGCUGGUUACAGCUGGAUUCAGGAGUUUAGACGCCGGCUCGAUGAAGGCGCGAACAGCUUGCCCAUCGCGAAACGAUUGGCGAUACUCUUCGACUCUUGCCUGAGGGGCAGGACCUCAGAGGAGGAUAGCAGAGAAGUAUAUGAAAUUCGAGAAUUUAUGCGGGGCCUCAAGAUUCCCUGGCCCGAGCCGCCUCUGCCAGGAGUCGACCCGUUGGGCGUCAUGCUCGAUCUGGUGUUCAACUGGGACAUCAAUAUCUGGUUCCGAGUCGAUUUGUCGCGACACACCACCGACUCUAUCGACAGAAGAAACCUGCUCCUGCAGCCGGCAAUGGUCCUCAGCUCGCGAUGGCUUAACGUGGCAGGCAUCUUACACACGGACAAGUUCGUAGACUAUUGGUCGGGUUUUCAUCGAGAAUUUGCGCCCAAUGAAACUAUGCGACCCCUCGGUGCAAUUUUGAACAUCCGCAGGAUGCAGAAAACGAUAUACUUGGACUUCGUACACGUUGAAAACAGCGAGUUAAAGCAUCCUACGAACACUUUACUUAAAGAUAUUGACAGUUACACGCCCCACAUUUCUACGCGUCGAUGGACCGACGUCUUGAACGAAAACUUAGUCGGCCACGGAAAGUUCGUGUCAUCGGACGGCGUGACGACCAUGGACGCAGAACUGCUCGCUGUCGUCGACAGGAUGUUUGCUAACUUCAGCCACGAGCAGCUCCUCGACCACGUCUCGUGGGAGCUCCUACAGAUAAUAGCUCCGCUUGCCGGCACCGAAUUGCGUGUGGCCAAGUACGGAAGUGCGAGACAGGCUGAGAUCAUGGGUAACAACUACUGCUCCACCCAAAUCGAGAGAGCGUACCGCUGGCUCGUCACGGCGGUAGCGCUGCUCCCGUGGUUCGAUGCCACGGCAAGGGCAUUUCUUCACGGACAGCUGGUGAACAUCACUGAAGCGGCCAUAUCCAAGGUGAACGGCAUCCCGUGGGCCGACAGCGAAUCGGUGAAAAUGGUUGCCAGCAAGCUGAGGAAUCAGCGAACCCUCAUUUGGCCGCCAUACGAGCCUCUGGACGAAAAGGUUCUCUGCGAAGCUUUCGACUCCUGGUUCUACGAGAACGCGACGUUCGCGCAACACUGGAUUCGAUCGGUCACGAGGUGGCACCACAUGCGCACGAGUCCCAGCUACAAGCGCAGCGACGACUCGCCACGCUCGUACGCCUUCCCGCACUUCGAGUACGACCCGUUGUCGAACGUGGUUCGGGUGGCGGCGUCGGCACUCUUCCCCCCUUGGUACCAGGCUGCGGGCAGCAGAGCCGCUCUGUACGGCGCCAUCGGCUUCACGUUCGCGCGAGAAAUAAUCAAGGCUCUCGACGUGCCAGCGUUCGACCGCCACGGUAGGUACCUCCACACGUGGCCUACGGAAAUUUGGAGGGAAGCCUCGGCGAAGAAGACGUCGUGUCUGCGUCCCGAAUUCGACUCGGUCUUCCCCGAGAUUCCUGCUCUGGAAGUUGCGCACGCGGCUUUCCUGGCGUCGUCCAGCGACGACGCGGCGAUUUCCAGGCAAUGGAGCGCCGAACGAGUGUUCUUCGUCACGGCCUGCUUCGCGAUGUGCAACCUGCCCAAGACGUUGGGACGAUUUCGCGCGGACUGCAACAAGGCGUUCAGGAACUUCGCUCCUUUCGCGGCGGCUUUCAAGUGUCCGCUCAAUUCGAGGAUGAACCCUGAAAAGAAAUGCUCCUACUUCGACUAA